CGCGAUCUGGUUCUGGUGUCCAAAUAUUCGUUCGUCUGACCGAGACCAGUCCGACCAAACCCGUCCCGCAGACCUCCAUGACCAUGCCCAGAUCCGGAGCGCUGCUGGUGCUCGCGCUGCUCCUGGCCUGCGCCGCGGCCGCGUUGGUGGGUGCUGCGGCGGCGGCGGGCAAGGUUGCUGCUGGGUCGGGGCGGGCGGAGGAGGAGGAGGGGUGCCGGGAUCUGGCCACGCGCGGCGCGUGCGUGGCGAGCGGCGGAUGCCGGUGGUGCCGCAGCGAGGCGCUCGACGACAUGUGCUUCGGCGCGGCGGAGGCGUGGCGGCUCCCCAACCAGGUCUUCUCCUGCGACCCGCCCGCCGCCGCCGCGCACGCCAGGAGGUAGCGCCGCCGUUGCUCUGCUCUCCUCUCGACGCCUUGUGCCCUGGAAGGGAGGGACCAUUGUAUUCUAGUGCUCGCUGCAUCUGAGAUUUGCGAGUGGUUCGUAGUGUCGCUACGCGAUCAGUAGGCUGGUGCUGUGCAUUUUACUGUCAUGUAAAGGAAGAUUUGAUCGGAACAUGGCAAAUUUUAUUCA